AUUUGGUCUAUUCUUUAGUUGUGGCAGGUUGCCAGGUUUGUUGAGUCGUUCGGGGACCUGGCGCCGGGGGUCUCCUUGUGGGUGUCGUGCGGCGAAAAUGCCGGUUCGGAAAUACCGUCGCGAUGAAAGUGAAAUCAACUGCUGCAUGAAGUAUGUCAUCUUCGGCUUCAACGUCAUAUUUUGGUUGGUUGGAUUAACCAUAUUAUCUAUUGGCAUCUGGGCGUGGAUUGAGAAAGACACCUUCAGCAACUUGUCAAGAUUGACGAACCUCGCUCUUGACCCUGCUUUCAUCUUCAUUCUAGUUGGAACCAUAACAGUGAUCAUUGGAUUCACUGGAUGCGUUGGAGCCCUGCGUGAGAAUACUUGCUUAUUGGGUGCUUACGCGGUUUUUCUUGGCGUUCUGCUCCUGGUAGAAACUACAGUUGCCGUCUUGGGCUUCAUGUUCAAAAGCUGGAUCAAAACGCAAGCGACGGAUGGAUUACAAGCUUUCAUUGUUCACUAUCGUGACGAUCCGGACCAGCAGAAUUUGAUCGAUUGGAUCCAAGGCACUUGGUUGCAUUGUUGUGGAAUAGAAGGACCGCAAGACUGGGACCGGAAUAUUUAUUUCAACUGCUCCUCAGCUGACGUGGGUUCGCGUGAAGCUUGUGGAGUGCCCUUUUCAUGCUGUCGACCAAAGCCGGAUGAACUCAUCAUGAACAAACAAUGCGGAUAUGAUGUUCGGAAACCAGAAUACAUUGGGGAUUUGACUGGUGUGAUAUUCGAGCGGGGCUGUUUGGGCGGCGUUGAGGAUUGGGUGCAGAGAAAUUUGGUUCCCGUAGCUGGGGUGGCCGUUGGAGUGGCCAUUUUGCAGCCGUACGAUAAAGUUAGCAUCAUAUUUGAUAAGGGCUGCCUGAGCUCCAGCGAGGAGUGGCUGGAGCGGAAUCUCCUAAUGGUCGCAGGCGUUGCUUGCGCUAUCGCUUUCCUGCAGAUCCUCGGCAUAUGUUUUGCGCAGAACCUCAGGGCGGAUAUUUUCGCGCAGAAAGCGAAAUGGAGCGAACAUUAGCGAGGAUGUGUUGCCCGUGGAGACGACCACGCGGCAAAUUUUUUUUACGUUGAUGGAUUUCAAGAACAUGUUCGACGAAUGGCUUUGGUCGCUGACUGAAGAAAAGAAAAAAAUCUGAGAUUGCUGUUUUUUUUCGAAUGGAUUUGCACAAUGUACACGUAUGCUUCCGCGGUUCGUUCGAUGUCAUGUUCCGUUUCUUUAGCGUAACGGACGUAUAGUUGUGCAGAGAAACAUUCCGUCGUCAAUGUUCGUUCUUCCUCACGCGAAUCUCUUUUUGACUGGCAACUGGAAUCUUAUAGGUUGACUGAUUUUAUUUUCUCGGAUGUGUUUGCGUGUAUGUUUUUACGUGGACGGUGUCAUUGCCGGAGACUGUGGAUCAUUUGACCUCUUAAUUUUUCGGUGAAACCCGCGUUAAUCCAUGGAAAGAUUCGAGGAUGACUGCGUAUAGCAAGCUCAAGUACGGAUUGUUUGGAUCAGUGGUCUGCAGAAGUUUCUUGCUGGGUUCACAGGAUAUUUUCAUCAGCUUAAUAAAUGUAUCAAAGGUAGAAUAGUUUAGUCUCUUGUAUCUGAAAAUUUGGGAAGGCAAUAUGACAGUUGAAAUUAUUUUAUGAAAAAGAUAAGUUGGCUUUUCUUCUAAUAGUAAGUCACAUUUUCAUCUGGUGAAAUAAUUUAUUCAAGUUUUCAUUUGUCCUCUCUUGAAGCUCUUGGUCCUAAUUUGUUCCAAGCCUGUAGGUGCUUCAUUGGUUAUUAACUUAAUCUUGGCAAGUUUCGUUUGAAGGACUUCAUGGCAGGUAUUAAGAAAAAUAUUCUCCUGAUCUGAAAAAUUCACUGUAACUUUGCCAGUCCGAAAAGAAUUGCAAGGAAAUCUGCCUUUCUGCAAAAAAAUGUAUAGAAAUCCGUCAGUAUGCAAGCCCAAAGAAUGUUGGAAAUACUAUAGUUUGGAUCAAUACCAAUUGUUGGUGCAUCGCGGUAUGGUUGAAAGGGGUAUUAUUCAGGCGAAAGUUGAUCCCACUAGACGAAAUCGACCGUCGGUACUUGAGCUUGCACUAACUGUGAGAAGUAUGUACUGAAUGCGUCUGCAUGAGAAGCUGAUUUCGUGUUGAUGAAUCUGUAUUGCCUCAAGUGGGAGGAACAUGGAUGGAAGUAAAAUGUCUAAGGAGGAUGCUACUCAUUGCAAUUUUUUGGUUCUGUGGAACUUCUCGAAGGUAGUCUCGAAUUAAUGUGGGCAUGUUGGCGUAAGAUAUAUACGAGAAUUAUUUGAACGGCAAGAA